GACUGCCAGAUUUUACCUUCUACCCAAGAUUCACAAGGCUGGCAACCCCGGUAGACCCAUCAUCUCCGGUAAUGGCUCACCCACGGAACGCAUCUCCCUGUUCAUUGACAGUUUUCUCAAACCCCUUGUCCCACAGAUUUCGUCAUACAUUCACGACACCCCAGACUUCCUACGCAAGCUUGAAGGAAUCAAGGACCAGAUUCCCAGCACAGCCAUCAUUGGGACUUUCGACGUCUCAUCUCUGUACACCAACAUCCCACAUGAGGAGGGUGUUCGUGCUUGCUCCUUGGCUCUGGCCAAGGCAGGACACACGACUCCUCCCAUCAGUGAUGUAGGCACCCUCAUGAGACUUAUACUAACGAAGAACAAUUUUUCCUUCCUUGGUGAACACUAUCUACAGGUACACGGCACUGCAAUGGGCACUCGCAUUGCCCCGUCGACGGCUUGCCUCUUCAUGGGUGACCUCGAAGAACGCAUUCUUGCCUCGGCCCCAUGUCGCCCUUGGAUCUGGUGGAGAUAUAUUGAUGAUGUUUUCUUCAUCUGGACCAGGGAUGAGGACAGUCUCUUGACCUUCACUAACCACAUCAAUUCCUUCCACAGAACCAUCAAAUUCACAUCGGAGUUCUCGGCUCACCAAACCCACUUUCUGGAUGUCACCGUCCGCAAGCAAGGCAACUCACUAACCACUGACCUGUAUUCCAAACCCACAGACACCCACCAGUACCUCCACUCCUCCAGCUGUCACCCCAGGCACUGCAAAACUGGCAUAGCGUUUAGCCGGGCACUCAGACUCAGAAGAAUUUGUUCUAAUGAUUCCGAUUUCUCCCGCCAUACACAGAUACUGAGGAACAACUUGGUGGCCAGGGGUCACAGCUCUCGCCAAGUUCAUCGUGCCAUUGCCAGAGCUAAAAUUAUCCCCAGAAAUCUAGCUCUCACGGGAAAGGCCCCUGAUGCCAUGGCCAAACCCAUGAUUCCCUUGGUUACCACGUUUCACCCCAAUCUCCCUUCCCUCCGCAAAAUCACUAAUGACAAUCAUCAUAUCCUCCAUACUUCAGAUCGCCUUGCCCGCGCCAUCCCCAACGGCCCCACAUUGGCUUACAGGCGUCCUCGAAAUCUACGGGACUUGAUUGUUCGAGCUGAAGUCCCAUCCUUAGAUGCAUCCCCUCCCACCCAGCAUGGGUCUGUGGAGUGCAGCAUGUAUGUAGGUGAGACUAAGAAUACGCUCAAGAAGCGUUUCUAUGCCCACCGGUCAACGGUCAACACCAAGAAACUAGACACCCCUGUUGGUCAUCACUUCAACCUGCCUAACCACUCCAUUUCUGAUAUGAUUUUGCAGGGCAUUGAAUCUCUUGGCCAUCGCAAGGACUCAGUUCGCCUCAGCAGAGAGAAG